AUGGUUGUUCAGGCUCACAAUACACAGUUGCUGUCGCUAAAGCAGAUGACGAAGGGUUCCCAUGCAGAAUUGACCAGUUUACUUGAUGUAGUCGAAAAGCGAUUGGAAUCACUCGAGUUCCAUAGCUUGAAAAUGCAGGACAACUUGUCGGAGGCUCUGAUUGUCAAUUUGGUCAUUUCCAAGUUGGAUAUUGACACUAGAAAGGCUUGGGAGGCCACCGUAGAACACGGUAAGUUACCGAAGUAUAAGCAAACCAUGGAUUUUCUCCGACAGCAUGGUUAUAUGCUUGAACGGUGUGAGCAAUCGUUUGGAAAAUUAAAAAAUAUUCCGCCAAAUCCUCGAGUUGCUGGUAUUAUAAGUAAGGCGCACGCAGUAAGUAUUCAGCAGAAACCCAAUUGUGUGGUGUGCAACUCCGAUCAUCUAAUUGAGAUGUGUGACACGUUCAAAGGGCUUAAUAUAAAUAAUGGAUACAUGAAAGCGAAACAAAUGGGAUUAUGUUUCGCUUGUCUGAAACGAGGACAUCGCACUGCAAACUGUAACACCGAUAGCAGCAAACUAUGUUCGUGCAAAAAGAAGCAUCACCCGCUCAUGCACUACGAUGAGAAGAAGGAGUCUACUGAAACGGCAACGGGCAGUGUUGAGACGAAAGGAGUUGCUGGAGGCUCCGAUUCAUCCAGUUUAGAGCAGAUCGUAGCCAAAUGCGAGGCUUCUGUUGUUCCGAACCACUCGGUGGAGCAGGUGCUUCUGGCGACGGCGGUAGUCGAUAUUUUCGACAGCAGAGGUGUUGCACAUAAAUGCCGUGCAAUGCUUGAUUCUGGUGCAAUGGCGAGUUUUGUAUCAGAAAGAAUCUGUGACUUGCUGGGUUUGCACAAAGAGAGCGUGAACGUUCCGGUUAUUGGCGUAAACGGAGCUAAAACUACAGUAAGGUUUAAAAUCAACGCUGUAGUGAAGUCUAGAACGACGGAGUGCAGCUUUUCCCUGGAUUGUUUAGUGGUGCCUCGAGUUACGGGAGCAUUGCCAUCGAUGAAACUGGACACAUCUAGCUGGCCAAUUCCGGAGACUGUGAGGCUGGCUGACCCGCAGUUCUUUCAAGCGAGUCGCGUUGAUUUGUUAAUCGGUGCCGAAAGAUGUCACGAGGUGCUUCAGGAUAAAAAGAUUGUCAUGUCAAAGGAUCUCCCCUUACUGCAAAGAAAAAAUUACUGGGAUGGUUGGUUGCCGGACCAGUAUAUAAUUAUCCGAGUGUUGUGA